AUGUCUGCCUCCGCCUCCACGCCUCCCACCCCCGAUUCCGCGACCCCCGCCGGGCCCGACGCGAACUGCGGAUCUGCCUUCUUCCUCUUCCAGAUCGACGCAGUGGCGUCACUGCCCGCAGACGUAUCGGAAGACCGGAUCGCAAUCCGUGCAUGCAGAGAGCUUUGCACGCGGCGAUACCCUGCUGUCGCGCUGAAUGUGCGUCAACUUGCGAUGCCAAACACUCACCUGGUGAACUCUGCCCCUCAGCCAGCGCAUAUAACACGAGAUCCUUCUCGGGUCACGAUCUCGCUCUUGUCUGAUGUGCAACAGCGCAUUUUCCCGGCAGUCGGUGCUGAACAGGACAUGGUCACCGCUGAAGACAACGAAUCUCCUGCCAUGGGAAGGUUGCUAUCUAUCCAUAUUCUGGCAGAUCUCCGUGAAUCUCGAGGUGUCUCCUCGUCACACCCACAAUCCAAAUUCUCUUUAUGCGAAACGGAGCGUUUACGCGCUUUGGCUUGCCUAGAGGAGGAUGAAAUCCAACGCCGGAGGAUAAUAGAUGAAUGGACCGCGCAUUCGCUACCUUCGGGUUACAGGUUCCAGGCAAAGCGAUCAUUCCCCGCGUUGUAUGCGAAUGCGAAUACAGCCAUCUGCGGUAGCAUCACAGAGAGCCUCUCCAAAGUGAAAAAGAUCUCGUCUCCCGCGCUCCUCUUCAAGGAAAUUGCCGCGAUCGAGAAUAUUGUGGCGAUGGCGCGGAGAAGGAUUGCGCAUCUUGAAGAUCUUACGGAAACGCGCAAGCUAUUGGCGCCGCGAAUCAAACUCAAAGAUGUUGAGUGUCACGCGGCUUUCAUUCACCCUGCGUCGCAGACGACUUGCGUGACCGGAGAAGAUAAUUUGACACAGCACACGACUCGUCAAGCUCAAAUACAACUCCCGCCGGUCAUAAUCGUCACUGAUUUCAGCUCGAUUUCUUCUGAUAGAAGCUUCUAUUCCUGCACCAGCACAAUAACAACCGCCGCAACGGACUCGACAAACCUCGACAAACAGUCCAACGAUAGUUCAAUGGCGAUCACGACCGUCGAGGGAGCCACCGUCGAGUUCAAGUCUACCUCAAAAUGUGUUCGGCGCGCGCGAGUGGCCGAGGUGGACACCCCCACCAUCUCUUUGCCAGGCCUAAUCGCCGUAAUAGCCAGAAAGAUCAGGAGGAUUCCGAGAAUCGUCCGGGGAAGAUAUCGACAUCAACGAUCUCCAGGUGCAACAGAACUGAGCACGCAUGGCUUCCGAAAGUUGCCUUCAAAAGGCAAUGUCGAGCUUUACUGGAUCCGGUCGACGGCCGGUCCGAAUCGAGUCAAGUUGCCUCGUCCCAUCACCAUGUCCAGCAUCGAACCAUCCGAGGCCCUUUUUGACCAAGUUCAGACCGUGCUGGCGAACUACCUGACUUCGUCCCCGCUGUACGCGCACCUGCUAUCCACGAUCGCUCUCACGGCAGUCGAGAAGGGACACGUCACACUCAGACUCGUCGUCCUGCCUGUGCACGUCAACUCUAAAUCCAUCCUCCACGGCUCGCUCUCCGCCGCGAUCGUGGACCUCGCGGGCGGCCUGAUCGCUAUCGCCGCAGGCUCGGCCAAGACGGGCGUGUCGACGGAUCUGCACGUAUCGUUCGUCAGCAGCGCCAAGCUAGGAGACGAGUUGUAUAUCGAGGGCUUCGCCGAGCGCGUCGGGGGCACGCUCGCUUUCACGCGCGUCCGGAUCGAGAAAGUGGUGGACAGCGAGGGCGUGAAGGGCGGAGAGAGGGUGCUCGUGGCCACUGGGACGCAUACCAAAUAUGUCAAGUGAGUGGAGCGAAUGAAGUUGGACAACCACUCGUCAAAACGGUUGAUGGGCCUUUGCCUGUACGGGACCGAGUCUUCCAUCUGCCGCGCUGUUGGUAGCAUUCUUCUUACCUCCGCUUCGCUUCCGGUCCCCGUAAUGGGCUCCCAAUAUCAGCGUUUUGCUCCAGUUCUGUUUUAACCAUGGCAUCAAUCCAACCUGGAACGCUUGAACAUCACAAUCCGAAAGGCCCUGAAUCCGGAGAGUGACGUUUUUGGCUUGGCCAAGUGGCUUGUACCGGCGCAGAAUGGCUUUUUUUGGCUUGGGCGUGGAUUUGGCUGUAAAAUGAUGCCAUCAGGGCUUGCAAGCCAAAAUGUUGGCUUGCCAAGCCAACAUUUUGGCUUGCGUCCGCUCACACAUAGUCGAAUCGAUCUUCAUAUCAAUGGGAAACGGGGCAUAUCUCACAGUUAUCUAGUGUCGGGGAGCAACCUAUGUGCAUGUUAGGAUCAUCUGUAUAAUUCCUGGCCCGCUGUUCUCACCAGAACUCUUGUUUGAUGACUUCCGACUGAUCUCGACCUCUAAAC